AUGCCUUCAGCAACCGCCUCUGGAGCCGACAGCUCCAGUGGAUCAGCAAGGUCGCGCGAACACAACUCGGGAAAUCAAGACCGUAAAUAUACCCCCGAACAAAAAGCAGCAGUUCUCAGAGUACGAAGAUGUUCUCCGACGGCAUUUUACGAAAUCCUGGCGGUCGAAAAGACGGCGACGGAUGGAGAGAUUAAGAAGGCUUAUCGCAAGUUGAGUUUGCUUACCCAUCCGGAUAAGAAUGGUUAUGAGGGGGCCGAUGAGGCUUUUAAGAUGGUUUCCCGUGCUUUUCAGAUACUUUCCGAUGCCGAUAAAAAAUCGAGAUAUGAUAAGUUUGGCGGUGAUCCUGAUAAUAGAUUUUCGGCAUCUGGUGCUGGUGCUGGUGCCGGGCCAUCUGGUGCGGGCACGCCAUUUAGCGGAUUUGGUGGUGGAUUUCCGCAAGGUCGACCUGGCGGAGCCAUGUUUGAGGAAGAGAUAUCGCCAGAGGAAUUGUUCAAUCGGUUUUUCGGUGGUGGUGGAUUCGGGCCUAUGGGCGGCGGCGGAUUUGGUGGCCCUCAAUUUGUCUUCAAUAUGGGUGGUGGUCCCGGAUUCAGAGUUCACCAAUUCGGCGGCCCGGGUGUUCGCAGAAGACCACGUGAAGCUAACGCCCACACUCAACCUGCAUCCCCCGGCUGGGCUUCAUUGACUCAACUCCUCCCACUUAUUCUCUUGUUUGUCUUUCCGCUCCUCUCCUCUCUAUUCUCGGGAGGAUCAACAACUCCCACCGGCCCAAGCUAUCGAUUCGACGGACCAGUCUCCCCUCAUACCAUGCACCGCAUCACACCGUCUCUCAAACUAGAUUAUUACAUCAAUCCGCGCGAUGUGGAUGACUUCAGCACGCGGAAAUUUAGAGAUUUAGACGUCCGGGUCGAAGAUGAAUAUGUCAAUAAAAUCCGCUAUGAAUGUGAGGAGGAAGUACAGGAACGGGAACGCAGGAUGCAAGCAGCUCAAGGGUGGCUAUUCCCGGACGUCGAAAAAAUGAAGGAAGCAAGAGCCAUGGAAUUAAAAGCCUGUCGUCGGUUCGAUGAUUUAAAGAAGAGAAGAAGAUUCUAAUAUUCCUAAUAUUGUAUUUCUCUCUUCUCUUUCUUUUUUUUUCUGUCUUAUUUGAAACAGCUGGUGGUUCUAUCAUAUUCUUUAUCCUUUUUUUCUCUCAGUCAAUACUGAAACCUUUUGGCACUCAGUCUUCUCUUCUAUGGAGUGACUCAUGAUCGGACUAGUAUCAUGGGAUGUUUGGUUUGUGCUCUCUAACCCUUGUAUGAGCAUGUGUUUAUGAUUUACGUAUGUGCCAUUACAUAGCGAUUCAGACACUUCUGACAUAAUGUCCUAUAAACAGUAUUUAUAAUUAAUCUAUCGGUUUUCAUUCUUUCCUC